CCCGAUACGAACCCGAACCAUGACAGAGACCGCUCCCGUACCGGCCACCCCUCCGGCCAAAGCAAAGGCCCCCAGGAAGAAGGCCGCGGCCAAGAAGAAGGAGGGCCCCAGCCUCCAGAAGCUGAUCACCGGCGAGAUCGCCGCCUCCAAAGAGCGCAAAGGCGUCUCCGUGGCCGCUCUGAAGAAGGCUCUGGCCGCGAAGGGCGUGGAUGUGGCCAAGGCCAACAAGCGCAUCAACACCACCCUCAAGAAGCUGGUGACCUCUGGUGCCGUGAGUCAGACCAAGGGCACUGGCGCGUCCGGUUCCUUCAAACUGGCCAAGACCGAGGCCAAGCCCAAGACCGUGAAGAAGAAGGCCGUCGCCAAGCCUAAGAAGCCCGCGGCCAAGAAAGCAGCGAGCCCCAAGAAGAAGGCGGCCGUCAAGAAACCCGCAGCCAAGAAGCCCAAGUCCCCGGCCAAGAAAGCGGCGAAGAAGGCGGCGCCCAAGAAAGCAGCGGCUAAAAAGCCCGCCAAGAGCCCCAAAAAAGCGGCGCCCAAGAAGCCCAAGGCGGUGAAGAAGAGCCCCAAGAAGGCCCCCGCCAAGAAGGCCGCCCCUAAGAAGGCCAAAAAGUAACAGCUGACGCGACCCCCGCAACACAAAGGCUCUUUUAAGAGCCACCACUCUCUCUAAAGAGCUUCAUCUUUGUCAGAGUCCAAUAUUGUGCCCGGUGCUUCUGUAGGUGUUUUUACCUCUCCAGACCAGUAUUCCUGUAAUGGCAAAUAUCUCAAAACACAUGCUGCUACACCGCACAAACAGAAGUAGAUAAAAUAAGUAUAUUAAUGAGUUACCGCAUAUGUGAGUGUGGAGAGCAGUACAUGUACGUUAUGCCUAUUUAUGGUGCACUUUCAUACAAAAAUAUUUUUAUACAAUUAAAAACGUGUGUGGUUGAU